AUGCCCUCUCAACCCCCACUGCCACCCCUCCUCACAACCUAUCUAUCAAAGCAGCCCGAGUCUUCGCUCACGCUGAUAUCAUCGAUUCUGGGUGCAACAUCCAACUGGCUCGUGCUUAGGUAUCUGUAUGCAGCUCUUGGUACAUCUUCAAGCCCGAAUGUCACCAUUGGAAGUGAUGAACUAGCCAACGGUGUGAAGAGGAAAGUGGUCCUCGUGAGCUUCCUACGGAGCUGGGAAUUCUGGCGGGCAGAGGCAAAGCGAUUGGGUCUGGAUCUUGCACGCUUGGCAGAUAAGCAACAGUUUGCGUUUGUGGACGGUCUAUCAGAGCUAUUCAACACUCCUAGCACUGCCUCUGGGGCACCGACAAACACAGGAAGCGCGGUGCGCACAACCCUUCCUCUCCGAUCUCAGCCUGGCACAGUGCCGGGGCGGGGACCGCCCUCAACGGUAACGGCCGAGCGGCUUGGAAAUGAAGGUCUUCGCCAGAGAGAACCUGGCACCGCUAAAAAAUUGCAUUUUACUGGGCACGGGGUUGCCGCCCUGGAUGUGAUGGAGAAGGACAUUAUCGCCGAGAUCAAUCGACAGAAGAGUUCCAUGGCUGAAGGCGAUGAGAUGUUGUUGAUCAUAGAUCAGCCUGAUUUCCUUCUUGCUGCUACUGGUGCAAGCAUGGGUAUCGGAGCUACGGAGAUGGCAGAGUGGGUAACAGGUCUACAGCAGCAUGCGCAUGCGACUGUCUUGACUCUGGCUGCUGACUCCCCAUUGAUACAUAAUGCGUCUACUAGUGGGAUCCAGCAAUCUUCGCCCAUUGAGACAGAACAUGCGGCCUUUGCCAUCGGUAUGGCCCACAGGGCCCGAUCCGUGAUGCAACUCCGUACGCUCGAAACCGGUGCCGCGAGGGAUGUAAGUGGGGUGCUCAGGAUCAGUCGGGGUGGCGGCUGGACUGGUGAGGCAGAAGACAACUUGGAAGAAAGAGAGUUGCUGUACUAUAUCCAACGAGAUGGCGGAGUUCGAGUAUUUGGGCGUGGCGAGUCAUGA